CUCAGAGGCCUUUUCAUUUGGGCCUGUUGUUUUCCUGUUGGUCACACACAGGCCUUUACCAUGAGCAAUGUCAUGACCACCCUCCUCGUCUGGGCUCUGAUUGCUCCCAGCAGUGGCGGCCAUGGUGGAGGGGACGCUUGGCCCACACACAUGGCCUGCAGCAAUGAGGGCUUGGAGGUGCUCUACCAGAGUUGCGAUCCAUUGCAGGAUUUUGGCUUUUCUAUUGACCAGUGUUCCAAACAAUUAAAAUCAGAUCUCAACAUUAGAUUUGGCAUCAUUCUGAGACAAGACAUCAAAGAGCUGUUUCUUGACAUAGCUCUGGUUUCUGAUGGUUCGUCUAUUUUGAAUUUCUCCUAUCCCAUCUGUGAGGAGGACUUCCCCAAGUUUUCCUUCUGUGGAAGAAGGAAAGGAGAGCAGAUUUACUUUGCUGGCCCUAUCAAUAAUCCUGGACUUGAUAUUCCUGUGGGAAAAUACCAUGUUUUACUGGAACUGUAUGAUGAAAACCGUUCCAUGGUGGCAUGUGCCAAUGCUACUGUCAUCUGCUCCUGACCAUGGUCUCCAGCACAAAGUACACCGUGUUCAGUGUCCAAGGCCUCCAGACUCUGUGAGAAGAGCCAGAGGUGAUAGAGAGAGGCUCUGUGAAAACCUUCCUCCAAGAAUGCAGCUGCCAAUGUCAGCUUGAGUCAGAUGCCCCCAGACUCCAUGGAUGUAACAACACCCUGAAAUGAUCACUUCUCGGGACGCUCUAGGUAGUCACUAAGCAGUGUGGAGGGCUGUUCCUUCUCUAAGUAGUCACUCAUAUUGACUCGCCUCCUUCUCAGCAGCUCAGGAGUAUUUCCUCACAGUUACCUGGAAUAAAGAAAGCUGGCCCACAGUUGUUCAUCAUGGCUUUUCAAUGGUGUAGUCAGAAUCAUUUCCUCCAGGCAUGGGUGUCAGAGCUGGUACAGCAGAAGCAGUUCUAAGACAUUUAAGAGGGUGAUAUCCUAUCUAAAGUGACAGUGCUGGGACAACGUGUCAUUACUUCUCCUGAGCAGAGCCCAGGCCCUUGGACUGUGAAGGCUAAGAAGCUGAUAAAACCUCAGCAAGACAGACCUCAUCAUCUCACUUGU